CAUGUGUAUACCAAAUAAAAAAACUUAUAUACUAUAGGUUGAUUGUUAGCAAAAAAUCCAGAAGCAAUAUUAAAAAAUCAGAACGGUAUAACAGUCUAUCAGUCCGACUCACUGUGUAUAAUUUGGUAUUCAUACCCUGUAUAUAGUCAUCAAAAUUUGAUGGAAUAUAGUUUGUCAAAUUAACUAUUAACAAGGUGACUGCGAGCAAUGACCAACCUCGUAUAUCCACGCCCACCUCGCAGUCGCAAGUGACGAGCUCGAGUCCGGGCGUGGGCGCGGCAUUGGCGGCAUUGGGCGGCCUGGGCGGUAUCUUUGGCAACCACCUUCAGAUGCUGGGCAGCCUACCAGCCUUCCAGGGGCCGCAGAGCCUGCAGCAGCUGCAGCAGCUCGCGAUGCUGCAGCAGGCCGGCGGCAACCAGAUGAACUCGCAGGCGCAGUUCUUUCUGCAGAAUCAGGGUUUUCUACAAGGAUUCCCUAGAUCAAAUAUAUCAACUAGAUCUCCACAUUCGAUACAGGUGCAGCACCUAGCGCAAGCUGCCCAGCAGCUGCAGCAGCUGCAGAAAGCGCAGCAGCAAACCACCGCCCAUCAACACCAACACCAACACCAGCACAACACCAGCAUCCCCCAAAACACGCCCAUUCCCCACCAGACGCAGACCACGCCCCCCAACAACGCCCACGCCAUUCCCGCUAGUUUGCUCACGCCCAGCACGCCCGGGUCGGGCGGGAUGACGCCGCAGCACCUCAAGACGCCCUCGAGAAUAAUGGAGCCGUCGCCCGAAGAGACGACGGACCUGGAGGAACUCGAGCAGUUCGCCAAGACGUUCAAGCAGAGGAGGAUAAAGCUAGGUUUCACCCAAGGCGAUGUUGGCCUAGCGAUGGGCAAGCUGUACGGCAACGAUUUCUCCCAAACCACCAUAUCGCGAUUCGAAGCCUUGAACCUUAGCUUCAAGAACAUGUGCAAGCUGAAACCCCUCCUCCAAAAGUGGCUGGAAGACGCCGAUAGCACCUUAAGCAACCCCGGAGCGCUCAGCAACCCCCUGACAACCCCCGAAACAAUUGGCAGGCGGAGAAAGAAGCGCACCUCGAUAGAAACCAGCGUCAGGAUAGCUCUGGAAAAAGCUUUCCUGCAGAACCCGAAACCCACUUCGGAGGAGAUUACGAUGCUGGCCGACGGUCUCUGCAUGGAAAAAGAAGUAGUGCGGGUUUGGUUCUGCAACAGGCGGCAGAAAGAGAAGAGGAUUAAUCCGCCGGCCGCUGCUAUGGGGUCACCCUGCUCUGUGGGCAACAACAAUGGAGCUAUGUACCACAUGGCCAACAGUCUGGCUACUAGUCCGUUAUCGCUGGUUACUUCCAGCGGCCAUAAUAGUUACAAUCCCAAUGUGAUGGUCAAGCAAGAAUGA